AAAGGCGGAUAAAAAAUAGAGUAGUUACUACAAUCGUGAUAUGACAAAUAGCAGAAUUGCUGCUAAUUCCAAAAGAAAAAAAAUAAAUCAAACAUGAAAUUAAAUAAUCAAAAUGGAACUUGCAAUGUAGAUACAUUUAAAUUAAUAUAUGGAAAAUGUUAAAAAAAUAUUGAGUUUCUCCUGUUUUUUACCACUCCUAUCCAAAAGUGAGAGGCAUUGCUAUUGAGAAAUGGCAGUGUCAUCCAUAGGCAAUCUCUUCUCCUUCUUCACACCGUCUAAAGCUCCACCACCCUCCCUCCAAUUCACCACCACUCAUUCAAGACCCAAGCUUGUCUCAUCUUCUGAUUCUGAUGUUACGUCCGUAGUUUGUCCAUCUCUUGCCUACGCAAACACGCUUUACUUCAGAUCAGCUUACAAUGUUCAGGUCAUUGUGGAUGAUAAUGAACCCGAAGAGAAGCUUCUCGGACGCUUUCGCAGGGAGGUCAUGAAAGCUGGAGUCAUCCAGGAAUGUAAACGCAGGAGGUUCUUUGAGAACAAACAGGACAAAGAUAAGCGCAAGUCCCGUGAGGCUGCUCGCCGCAAUCGACGAAGACGUGGCCCACCACCAGGAAGAAGUUUCGGACUGGAUAAGCAAGAGACAACCAAGAGCAAGAGGGAUGAUGAUGAUGACGAUAACUGGGAACUCCCUGAAGGAGGAGGUAUCUCCAAUUGACACUAAUUUUCAGAUCUUUUUUCGUUUUGGCUCUUGGUAGGUUGUGGCUCAUUUUCAAUCCCGGAGAGGCUUUCUACCGAUGUAAUAUUUAUCUGCUCUAUUUUUGCAAUUUUCUAAUGGAAACAUGAUUGUUACCCUUGCUUCAAAGUGUUAGAUUGAUCAACUGCCUUGCUGUAUAUCUGAAGAGACAUCACAUCACAUCACAUAUUCGUGUGAUGCAUUGCUAAUUUAUCAUAGAUGUUUUUAGAA